AUGAACGGAAUCUUCCGCCAGUUACCAAAGAACAUCCGCAUCUUUGUGUACGCCGACGAUGUCCUCAUCGUGGUAACGGGGCCCACCACAACACGCACCCGGAACCUCACGCAAGCCGCGGUCUCAGCCGUAGUAAAAUGGGCCCAAACUGCCGGUUAUCAGCUCUCUGCCAAAAAAAGCAUCAGAUGCCACGUCUGCCCUUCAAGACACCGGGUCAACGGGACCGCCAUUAAGAUUGGCGACCAGGCUAUCCCCAUCAAGAAAUCCAUUCGUAUCCUGGGGGUACUUGUGGACCGCACCCUCUCCUUCGUGCCGCACUUCAACCAGGUCAAAAAAGACUGCCGAAGCAGAGUUAACCUGAUCCGGACCAUCUCCAGGCCCCAUCGCACUAAUAAUCGGGCAGUUCGCUUCCGGGUAGCGCAAGCUAUCAUCGAUAGCAGGCUGCUGUAUGGAACAGAGCUCACGUGUAUCAACUCUGAGAAGCAGGUUGAGAUCCUCGGUCCAACCUUCAACAGCAGCAUCAGGAUAAUCUCUGGCCUUCUACCUUCCACCCCCGCUGAUUCCGCUUGUGUUGAAGCAGGGGUUCUACCCUUUCGGUACCGCAUCAUUAACGCUACCAUCUUCAAAGCUGCAUCCUUCGCCGCCAAGACAGCAGGAAACGGCAGAAUCUUCCUCCUCGACGAGGGGGACAGAAUCCUGCAGACGAUCGCCACAGGAGACAACUCCGCGGCCCUCCGUCGCACAGUAAUCGAACGCCUCCGAACCCAUUACGCCGAACACACUCACCGGUACACCGAUGGUUCCCGAUCCAACACGGGCGUUGGCAUCGGAGUAUCCGGAAGUGGCAUACUCGCUAGCAGCAGCUUACCACAACAAUGCUCCGUUUACUCGGCCGAAGCGGCCGCAAUCUUCCAUGCGGCCACGUCACCAGCAAACCAGCCAAUCGUAAUACUAACUGAUUCCUUCAGUGCUAUCCAAGAGCUAGCUUCAGCAGUUCCCACCCACCCGUGGAUUCAAGCUACCAUCGAAUACGCCCCGAGCAGCACCAUUUUUACAUGGAUCCCCAGUCAUUGCGGAAUACCUGGUAAUGAAGCAGCAGACAAACUUGCUGGAACUGGACCGGCGGGUCCGAGAUUCACGGACAAAGUCCCCCUUCCAGAUCUCCGGCGAUGGAUCAAAACAACCGUACAGAAAGCCUGGGCCGACCAGUGGUUCAGCACUCGAGAGCCUUUCAUCCGGAAGAUUAAAGGAACCACGGAGGCAUGGACGGACCUCCCAAACCUCCGGGAUCAGAGAGUGCUCUCAAGGCUGAGGACUGGCCACUGUCGGUUUUACUAUAAUUUCGGCGGCGGAGGUCCCUUCCGCAAAAGCUGUGCCAUCUGCCAUCUCCCGGCCACCGUUGAACACGUCCUCUGCAUCUGUCCUGAAUUCCAGGACCUCAGGGAAUCCUAUGAGAUCACCUCCAGCAUCCAGAACCUACUCGGAGAGGAUUCAGCCGCUGCAGACGCCCUGCUAGUUUUCCUCAGGGAAGCUAACCUAUACCAUGAGAUCUAG